AUGCCGCCCAGGCUCCCAUUACGAGCUAUCUCGACCCCUUUGGCGGGACUUCGAUAUACCUCUUCCUCAUCCACCUCAAAAUCAGCUCUGUUCACUCCCAAAGCUGGACAAGCUGGGCCUUCAAGCUCAAAUACCGCUACCCUAUACCGAAAUCCUCCUCUCCUGCCACUGCUUCAACUACGAACGAUCCGAAGGGCAAAGCUAAAUCUGGACCUCAAUCCAUUCCACCUCCCUCGUCCAUUGGGGAUAACGACACCUCCCAGUUCAGCGAACAAGACGUGGUCGCAGAGGAAGAAAGAGUUGUUGGAUGAUGAUAGACAUAAAGCGAAGAGGAAGGCUUUAGUGAAAGAAGCUACUCAAGGUUAUUUCCAUGAUUACAAUCGAGCCAAGGGCGUCGGUGGGGGAAAGCUAUGGAUAGCACCGAACGUUUUGAUCAGAGAGGAUAAAGCACUUUAUUUCCCAGAUAUAUCGGGAAAAUCAUUGUUAGGUCAAGAAGCACAUACGACGGAUCUCCUUCGAGGUAAAAUCACUUUGGUCUCUGUUAUAGCUACGAGAUUAUCAGAAGAACACGAACAAUCAUUCACUCAGCCUGUAUUGGAAGAUUUUGCUGGACAUCCAGAAUUCAACUUUGUCCAGAUAAACCACCAAGAAAACAAACUGAAAUCCUUCCUCGUAUCAUUCUUCAUCUCAUCCUUGAAACGAACGAUAGCAGAAGACAGAUGGGGUAAUUAUCUGAUAUCAAGCGGUGAAUGGUCACCUAUGGAUAUUACAAACCCCCUAGGAAUCGAUAACAAGCUUUUGGGAUAUGUAUACCUUAUCGAUGAGAAUCUCAAAGUUCGCUGGGCAGGUUGUGGGACAGCUAGUCCCGAAGAGGCUCAGGCGUUAAGGAGAGCUACGGCCGUGUUGUUAGGUAGGACCAAAGGUGGAUCGGAAGUCGAACAGCCGAAGGUGUAA